GCCGUUGGCGUCAUAAACUCUUAACUGAGCGAGCUCACGGGAGCGUCCCCUGCUUACUGCUAAGUCCCCUCUUCCAGAAGCAGGGAAAGCAGAGAACACCACCCCUCCUCUGCUUCACCUCACCUAGGCCGAGACCCGAGAGCGUUCACUGCCGUGGCCCCCAGCGGCCAUGGCGACGGCCGCGGCAGGCUGCCAGCACCGCGCGACGCUCGCCGGGGCGCUGCCGAGGACGAGCGCCGCCUUCCUCUUCCUCUCCGUCGUCGCCGUCGCGGCGGUCGUCUCGGCUCGCUGGAUCACCUCCACCGCCGUUUUGCAGGGACGCCUGACGCGCCUCCCCACCACCGCGGCCAUUCCCGCCGCCGCGGCGGCCGCGCUCCACCCGGAAGCAGAGCACCCGCAGUACCCGCGGCCGUCAGCAGCAGCACCCUCGCCGCCUCCCACUUCCCGGCCACCACCUUCCGCUCUCUACACCAUCUCCUGCCCAGCCCUCAACCUCUCCCACUCCCACCCCACCGGACCGCCCAAAACCUCCCAAACCCUCGCGCGCGCGCUCUCCUCGUCCUCCACCUGCCCCUCCUCCCCCGGCCCGCCACCGCCCGCCUCCGCCGCCACCCCGUCCUCCAACCGCUCGUGCCCGUCCUACUUCCGCUUCAUCCACGAGGACCUCCGCCCAUGGCGCGCCGCGGGCGGGGUCACGCGCGCCAUGCUCGGCCGCGCCCGCCUCACCGCCACCUUCCGCCUCGUCGUGCUCGGGGGCCGAGCCUACAUCCAGCGUCUCCGCCCGGCGUUCCAGACGCGGGACCUCUUCACCAUCUGGGGCGUCCUCCAGCUGCUCCGCCGCUACCCCGGCCGCGUCCCCGACCUCGACCUCAUGUUCGACACCGUCGACUGGCCCGUCGUCCGCACCCACCUCUACCGCGGGAAGUACGCCGGGGUCAUGCCACCGCUCUUCCGUUACUGCGGGGAUGACAGUACGCUGGACAUCGUCUUCCCGGAUUGGUCCUUCUGGGGGUGGCCGGAGAUCAACAUAAAGCCAUGGCAUGCCUUGCAGGAAGACUUGAAGGAUGGUAAUAAUAGAGUGAGGUGGAUGGAUAGAGAACCUUAUGCUUACUGGAAAGGGAAUCCAUCAGUUUCGGCGACACGGCAGGAGUUGGUUAAGUGUAAUGUAUCCAGUACACAAGAUUGGAACGCAAGGAUUUACGCUCAGGACUGGUUCAAAGAGAGCAAGGCAGGGUAUAAGGACUCAGAUUUGGGUAGUCAAUGCUCACACAGGUACAAGAUCUAUAUUGAAGGAUCGGCGUGGUCAAUCAGUCAGAAAUAUAUAUUAGCAUGUGAUUCAAUGACACUGCUAGUUACACCAAAAUACUAUGAUUUCUUUUCAAGGUCACUCAUGCCAAUUCAGCAUUAUUGGCCUGUUCGGGAUGACAAUAAAUGUGCCUCCAUAAAAUAUGCUGUUGACUGGGGCAAUUCUCACAAGCAACUGGCACAGCGUAUAGGAAAGCAAGCAAGCAAUUUCAUUCAAGAAGAGCUCAGUAUGGACCAAGUUUAUGACUACAUGCUUCACCUUCUAACUGAAUAUGCCAAGCUUUUAAGGUUCAAACCAACUAAGCCACCUGAAGCUGUUGAGGUCUGCUCUGAGUCUUUGGCAUGCCAAGCUGAAGGCCUCGAGAAGAAGUUUCUUUUCGAUUCCAUGGUGAAGUCUGCCCAUGGUGCAGGUCCAUGCGAUCUGCCUCCUCCCUUCAGCUCUCGUGAGCUCAAGAUGCUAAAACAGAGGGGACAAAAUUCAGUAAAGCAGAUUGAAAUGUGGGAGCAAAGAGCUUCGAGGGCAUAGAUAACAGGCUUUGAGCCCUGGAACCCUGGCUCUUUUUUUUUUCCUCUUCCAAGCAUAGGCAUAGAUAAUGCUAACUGUUUGGGACUUACGGUCUAAUUCAGCGUCAUUGUAGUUCUAACAAAUAUGAAUCAUUCAUUCACUGAAAUCUAUGUGUAAGCAUCUGUAGAAAUUGAGCAAAUAUGAGCUUUUCUUCAGUAGUUUCUUCUUCUUAAAGUGAUUUUAGUUAUAAACAUUAUUUUUCUGUAUUUGAUUGUUUGAAUUACUGUUUGUAAAGCCAUUGUAACUGUCACUGAUAAAUCCAAUAAGUAUUCAGAAAAUAUGAUUCUUGGUGCA